AUGGACAUCAAUAAGAUGUUCAAGCUGCCGACCCUUCCCAGCGGAACGGGUCUAAAGCGAAAGAUGUCAGACCUCCCGACGGCAGACGUCCUGAAGCGCUUCAAGCCUGAAGAACCGUCUCUGUCCUCUUCGAAUGAUGGAAAAUCUGCCAUUGUAGAGGAUGAGGACGAUUUAAUUACGACAGAAGAAUCUCCCCAGGGGGACUAUGAUGAUGGCGAUGAUGAGGGACGAUUCUUUGGGGGCGGUCUCAACGAUGAACAAAACCAAAUUCUGGAUAUCUUCGACAAGGCGGGUGACGAAGACGAGGAGACCGCCAUGACAGCGCCCGCUCUUCGCCGAUUGUUGGCGAAGUUUGAUCGGACUGUCGCAAAGAAUGCUGAACAGCGUGGCAAGUUCCCCGAGGAUCCGGCAAAAUUUAUCGACUCCGAGUCGGACUUGGACUCCAUCUUGAAGCAAUUUCUCCCGCUUACCCAAAACCCGGCCCUUUACUACCCCGAAUUGGUCAAGACUGGUACUGUUGGAUUGCUUGCUAGUCUCCUCAGUCACGAGAACACCGAUAUCGCGAUCGAUGUCGUGCAGGUUGUGCAGGAGUUGACCGACGAGGACGUAGGCGCGGAAGACGAGAAUCUCUCGGAUAUGGAGGACGAGGACCGGGCCUCCGCUACUCGUAUUGCUCUGGCCCAGUUUAUUGACGAGUUGCUCUUGCACUCUAUCUUUGAGUUGUUGGUCUCCAAUUUGAACCGUCUGGACGAGAGUGAAGACACCGAUCGUCAAGGCGUUUUCCAAAUCCUUGGCAUCUUUGAGAAUCUGUUGGCAUUCAUGCCCCCGCUCGCCGACCAGAUUGGAUCCACCACGACUCUGUUGCAGUGGCUCCUGGAACGAAUGGCUCGCAAGCCGUUUGACAGCAAUGCCCAGUACGCUUCUGAAAUUCUCUCCAUCCUUCUGCAAGGCAGCCAGUCGAAUGCCCUCAAGGUCGCAAACGACCAUGGUGUCGACACCCUUUUGACGUUGUUAUCCCAAUAUCGCAACGCAGACCCCAAGGACGGAGAAGAGGAAGAGUUCAUGGAGAACACCUUUGACAGUCUGUGCGCCCUUCUCAACCUGCCUGAAUGCAAGGCGAUGUUCCUCGAGGCAGAAGGCGCCGAGUUGAUGAUCAUUAUGAUGAAGGAGAAGGUUCUCUCGCGGAAUAGGUCGAUCAAGGUUCUGGACUACGCAAUGCGGACAGAACAAGGCGCUCCCAACUGUGAACGCUUUGUGGAGAUGCUUGGCUUGAAGUCACUGUUCUCAACGUUCAUGGGCAAGGGCGAUAAGAAGAAGAAAGGUCGGCACUUGGCGACGACGUUUGAAGACAACGAGCACAUGCUGGGCAUCCUGGUUAGCUUGUUCACAAAUCUAUCAUCGGAUUCCCCGCCUCGCAUCCGCUUAAUUGCAAAAUUCGUCGAAGUGGAUUACGAAAAGGUAGACCGCCUCUUGGAGCUGCGGGGUGCGGCGGUUGCGAAGCUCAAGACGACAGACCACCGCAUUGUCGCUCAGCGAAAAGUGAUGGUGGACAACCAGGAAGAAAUCAAUGAUGAACAAGAAGACGAAUGGUACCUCAGUCGUCUUGAUGCUGGCCUUUCGGCCCUUCAAGCUGCAGACUAUAUCCUGGCGUGGAUCUGCAUGGAGGAUGAUGGAGUCAAGGCGCACGCAGAGAGGCUUCUGAAGAGAACGGGGGAAUCUCUCAAUGGCGUGGCAAAUGUACUGAAGGAAAUGGCGGAGCGUAUUGAAAUUGACGACGAGGCUUCUCAAGACGAUCCGGAUGUCCAGCAGAGGAUAGUUCUCGAUAGUCUCGUCCGCUUCCUGGAGGAGUCUCCGUGA